UAGUCCCUGCUUCAUUAAAUCUCCAAAGGAGUGAGUCACGAGGCUCAAAUCUGGCAUAGAAAGACAAGAGGAUUUGUGGAGAAAACAUCCAAUAUGUGUUUUUCGAGGAAUUCAAACCCUUGCCCUUGUGAAUGCUGCUUGCUGGUAGAAGAUCCAAGCGAAAUCCUUGUACUGUAACACUUUGCAGUAACCACAUGUAUAAACCAGUCUGGAGUCCAUCUCCUUGAUGCUUUUGACUCAGCUUGAAGCAUGCAUCUUGUUUUCAAGUGUUGUGUGUUUUAACAGAGCUGUUUUGUUCUGUCUUUAUUGCCACGCUUCUUUAUAGUACAAAUGUGACUAGGAACACAGCUGAAGGUAAUGCCACGUGCAAGCUAUGAUGUGGUACCUCAUUAACAUUACUUACAACAAAUAUUACAUCACCUGCUUGAUGUAAUAGACAUUCCAAGGAAAUUUCAAUGAAGUGCCUGCAGUUGUAUUUUUUCCAUUUAUUCAUGUCACUCAGAUAAUUUGUACUAAACCUGCACAACCCCAUGAUUAAGUUCUGUCACAACUGUACCUAGUUUUGCGUUCUCCAUUUGUCUGUCUAAGGACAAAAUAGCUGUUGGUAGACAGAGCAGAGUCUUGUAUGCCACUAAUAUGUUUCUCAUUUAAUUUAGCCAACAGCGAUGACAAUACAAAUGAGAAGGAAACAAGCUUGAAAGAACUGGGUUUUCCACGUUUGGAGCAAAAGUCAAAUGCUUUAAAUGUAGCAUUUCAGUUCAAGAAGGAGAAUGACCAGCGGGAUUCUACAGCUGACUGUUUAGUACCACCUCCACAGGAGCAACCUGAACAUUUGGUUUUUGCAAAUGGUGUAGCUCGACCAAAUCACCUUGUGGAUUACCAGGAGAAUAAUCUUUCUGAUGGAACUGUCCCCCUAAUGCAUGACUCUGACUCUGAACUUCCCACAGAAAAAUUACACCACAAAAACUGUGCAGAUGGCAAAAAGGAAGAUGACGCAAAAGGAUCUAAGGAAGGGAAGAUCAGUCUCAUGGGGACUUCUCUUUCUCAGAACGCAGAGGUGGAGAAUCACAAAUGUGACAUGAAGAAAAGCACUGCAGCACCUCUUUCCCUUUCUUCUGCCGUGUGCUCUGAGGGCCCUGACUGUCACUCCACGGUGGCCCUGCAGGACAGUGACAUUUCUCACCUCAUUGAUGAAGUCUCUCUCUCGACUGAGAGCGAGCUGGACAGCGCCGUGUCCACUCUCAUCGGGCAGCUCGAUGGCACAGAUGACCAAACUCCCGUUCCCCCUGUCUCCCGCCCCCAAGGCAGCAGCAGCCAGACCCCCAGGGUGGGGGCUGCAGUUCCACACGUGUUUGCUGCAGACCUGAGCAGCCCCUGUAGGCACAACUUCACUCCCACAAAAUCCAACAAAUCCUCUUUAUUCUCCACUCCGGACACAGCCACGUUCUCCAGCCUGGAGGAUGCAGAGUAUUCCACAUACACAAUUAUCCACAAGGCAUCUCCAGCAUCUGAAUGUAAGAGCCACGGGGCAUUAGUUUGCAAGAAAAGAUUAAAUCAUCUAGAAAGUAACUUGCCUGGCUCUUGUUCUUCAUCCCUCUCUUUGCUAAAUGCAAAUCCCCAAAGGAAUUGUGCUACAAAAUCUGGACCAAGCUGGGAAGCCCCCGAGUCUGCCAGUUCUUUUGGUUCCAACAGCCGCAUCUUUGAGGAGGCGCUGGGACCCCCUGUCCCUGGGGAGCACUCGGACAGCAGCAGCCUGCUGGAGGUGGACGGGGACUGCCAGGACCUCCUGGUAACCGCCUGUGAGUACAGACGGGAGGACAUGAGCCAGCUGGCUUCUCCUGUGAGCCUGAGGCAGAAGCAGGACCCCGGGCACGGUGGUGACAGGACCUCUGGGAGCGGCUCCACCGCCGCGCCCUGUGCCGCCGCCUGGCUCUGCUCCGAGACCUUCGGGGCUGCGGGGAGCCAGCUCGCUUUCCCCGCCUGCGAGAGCGCCGGGGUUUUGUGGCAGCAGCCCUCGGAGAAGCACAAGGCUGCAGCGCGUGCCGCCCAGGCCGGCUCAGCCUGCCCCCUGCUCCCGGGGGCUCUGCCGUUCCCCCCGCACCCGGCCAUCCAGCACAGCAGCCCCUGCAAGUCCAAGAGUCUGGGAGACCUGACCUCGGAGGACAUUUCCUGCAACUUUGAGAGUAAGUACCAGUACAUCAGCAGGAGCUUCAUCUCCUCGGGCCUGAGGGACAGGAAGGUGGCUGCCAUGCAGGGCGUGAGGCCGCACUCCACGGACGCGCUGACGGAGCAGCUGCGGAGGCUGCUGUCCCCGGAGCAGGAGGACGGCCGGGAGCCCCUGUGCCCCAGGCAGCCGGACGAGGACUGCCCGCGGGCCCUGGUGAGGAAGCUGUCGUCCCGCAGCCAGAGCCGGGUGCGGAACAUCGCCAGCCGCGCCCGGGAGCGGCAGGAGGCGGCGGGCAAGCACAGGCCGUGCGGCGCCGCGCCCGCCGUGGUGCUGCGGAGCAAGGCCGCGGGGCCGCCGCCCGCCGCCAACCGGCACUCCACCGGCUCCUACAUCGGCCGCUACCUGCACGGCUGCCCCGCGGAGCGCCGCGGCGUGCCCGAGGGAGCCUGCUCCGCCCUGCAGCACGGCUGCGGCGAGCUGCCGCUGCCGCCCGGCGCCCAGGAGCAGCCCGAGAUCUAUUUCCUGCUCAGGCUGUAGGCCGCGCACGGCCCCGGGCUGGGGCAGCCAGGAGCUGCUGGGAGCGCUUGGGGCGCUUCAGAACGCAGCUUGGAGCGCUUAGGGUGCUUCAAAA